UCGGUCCCUAGUCAGCUAGUCUUGCAUGCUACAGUUACAUUCCUCUUGGGCGCGCGCCUCGCUAGUGCGAAUCCCGCAACGAUCUUCCUGUUUCUUUCACGGUCAUUGGAACUUCUUUGAUCCUUGCGGUUAUCUUGUCCAAUUGAUUAUAAAAACACGGAGAAAAGUUCCAGAUUUUAUGAUGGGAAGCUACACUAUAAAGUCACAUGGAGGGAGGGUGGCAAGGACACAUAAAUUUGAUUGGCUAGUACUUCUGAUUCUAGUGGUUAUUGACUUGUUCUUGGAUUCAUUAGAACCUUUUCACCGCUUUGUGGGAGAAGGCAUGAUGACAGAUUUCAAAUACCCAUACAAAGAUGAAACCAUACCCUUUCGGAUUGUUCAAAUUGUUGCCAUAUUGUUUCCUAUUGCCUUCUUUUUUAUGUUCUACAUUCGCAACAGAAAUGUUUAUGACUUGCACCAUUCAAUAUUGGGUAUUCUUUUCUCUGGACUUAUAACAGCAGUUAUCACAGAUUUAAUUAAACUUGCUGUUGGUCGACCAAGACCGAACUUCUUUUGGCGAUGUUUCCCUGAUGGUAAAGCGGUAUUUGAUGCCAUCACAAAUGAUGUAGUUUGUCAUGGGGAUGAGAAGAUCAUAAAGGAAGGAUACAAAAGUUUUCCAAGUGGACACACUUCAUGGGCCUUUGCCGGUUUCAGUUUUUUUGCCUGGUAUUUAUCAGGAAAAAUCCAAGUGUUUGAUCGCAGGGGUCAUAUUGGCAAAUUGUGUCUUGUUUUGCUUCCUUUACUUCUUGCUGCUUUUGUGGCAGUUUCCCGGGUUGACGACUACAGGCAUCAUUGGCAGGAUGUGUUUGCUGGAGGACUACUAGGGAUUACUGUGUCUUCAACCUGCUACUUGCUACUCUUUCCUUUACCUCAUCAAUCAGGUUGGGCACCUCAUGCCUAUUUUGAAAUGUUGGGUAGAACAGAAGGUAGUUCCACGGAGGACUGUCUUCCCAUGCUGCAACCACAACUUAAAUCUGCGAAUGCAAGUAGCUCAGAAGAUUUAAAUGUGCGCAUUGAAUUACUGGAAGCUGGCAGAAGAUUUGAAAAAGGGAAAAUGGGCUGACUUUGAAGCCCAUUCCCUACUUCCACAACAGAUCAGCCUCCUCAACCAUACGCUAGUCCUUGUAGUGUAAGUCUUAUUCUUACCCCAGAAAAUGAAAUCCAUAUCCUGGUUUCUCUCUAGACUGAGCUUAUCCAUUGGAAAGAAGCUCAUAUUAGUAAAGGGGCCUGUCUUAACUCUUUGAACAGCUUCGGGUAAUUCUUUGAUUAAUAUAUUUAUUUUUAACAAAUGUCUACACACAUAAUUAAAUAUAUAUAAUUUAAUAUUUAA